AUGCCGAUUAAAGUUUAUGGCUUGGCUAUGUCAACAUGUACACAACGUGUAACUAUAACGUUAGCCGAAAAAGGGCUCAAGUACGAAUUAGUGAACGUAGACUUUGCCGCUGGCGAACACAAAUCACCAAAGUAUCUGGAAGAAAAACAACCAUUCGGUGUUAUUCCCGUCCUUAUUGAUGAAGACGGAUUUAAAAUCUAUGAAUCGCGUGCCAUUUGCCGCUAUUUGGAAAUCAAAUACAAAGGCAAAGGUACGCAAUUAAUUCCAAGCAAAGAUGCCGCUGCUCAAGGUCUUUUUGAACAAGCUGUAUCCAUGGAAAUCAGCUAUUUCGAUCCAUAUGCUUCUCCAAUCGUUUACGAACGUGUCACCAAAAAAAUGAAAGGUCUUGGUGAACCAGAUGAAGCACGAGUUGCAACAUUGAAACAACAAUUAAGUGAGAAACUAGAUGUUUACGAUAAAAUUCUGUCCAAACAACCAUAUCUUGCUGGACAAGAAUUUACUUUGGCUGAUCUCUUUCACUUACCAUAUGGUUCAUGGCUUGUCAAGCUCGGCGAAGGUAAUCUCUUCGAAUCACGACCAAACGUUAAGCGUUGGUGGGACAGAAUCACAUCCCGACCAUCGUGGAAAGCAGUUCAAGAAUCGAAAUAG